UGCGGCCAAUUCGUUAGCUUGAGAAGGGAACAUGGCGGCGUCCCUGAUUUGCGGCCGACUGUCGGCUAGCCUGAGAAAUUCUGGGGCAAGAUCGACAUUCAACACUGCAUCCAAAGUGCUGGGUGGUUCCUCCGGCCUUCUUGGGGCUCAGCAGCAGCCCCCCAACCUUCAGCAGCAGCAGAGGAACCUCUCCCUGCAUGAGUACAUGAGCAUCGGCCUGCUCAAAGAGGCUGGCGUCUGUGUGCCCGAGGGCAAGGUUGCCAGCUCACCCGAUGAAGCCUACUCUGUUGCCAAGGAGAUUGGCACCAAGGAUCUGGUGGUGAAGGCUCAGGUGUUGGCUGGAGGCCGAGGCAAAGGCACCUUCGAGGGAGGUCUGAAGGGAGGAGUGAAGAUUGUCUACUCGCCAGAGGAGGCCCGGGACAUCUCCUCUCAGAUGAUUGGUCGUAAGCUGUACACCAAGCAGACAGGCGAGCAGGGCCGUAUCUGUAACCAGGUUUUCAUCUGUGAGCGCAGGUACCCCCGCAGGGAGUACUACUUCGCCAUCACCAUGGAGAGAUCCUUUCAGGGCCCCGUGUUGAUUGGCAGCUCUCAGGGGGGCGUGAACAUCGAGGAUGUGGCAGCGGAGAAUCCCGACGCCAUCGUGAAGGAGCCAAUUGACAUAAUGGAGGGAAUCAAGAUGGAACAAGCUGUUUCGAUUGCCACAAAGAUGGGCUUCCCUGCUGCUCUGAUCGACGACGCAGCUGCUAACAUAAUCAAGCUCUACAACGUCUUCAUGAAGUACGACGCCUCCAUGCUGGAGAUCAACCCCAUGGUGGAGGACGCCUCUGGCCAGGUGAUGUGCAUGGACGCCAAGAUCAACUUUGACUCGAAUGCAGCGUAUCGCCAGAAGAAGGUGUUUGACAUGCAGGACUGGACCCAGGAGGACGCCAGGGACCGACAGGCAGCCAAGGCUGACCUCAACUACAUUGGCCUGGACGGAUCCAUCGGCUGUCUGGUGAACGGGGCUGGUCUUGCCAUGGCCACCAUGGACAUCAUCAAGCUGCAUGGUGGCACGCCCGCCAACUUCCUGGACGUGGGGGGCGGAGCUACAGCCCACCAGGUGAUGGAGGCCUUCAAACUCAUCACGUCUGACAGGAAGGUGCAGGCCAUCCUUGUGAACAUCUUCGGUGGCAUCAUGAGGUGUGACAUCAUCGCUCAGGGCAUCAUCAUGGCUGUCACAGACUUGGACCUGAAGAUCCCCAUUGUGGUGCGGUUACAAGGAUCCAGAGUGGACGAUGCCAAAGCUCUGAUCGCCGCUAGCCCACUGAAGCUCCUGGCCUGUGACGAUCUGGACGAGGCAGCUAGAAUGGUUGUAAAGCUUUCUGAAAUUGUGUCGCUGGCUCAGGAGGCUCAUGUUGACAUCUCUUUCCAGCUUCCACUCUAAGCCACGCCCCUUGACCCUACGACCCCAUCUGAACCCCGACACCCCACCCCUUGAACAGCAAGAAGAGCCUCUCACUACUGAGAGAAUACUCCAAUACAACACAGCCCACCAACUCCUCUCUGUUAGUUCUGUUUCUCUCUCUCUCUCUGUGGCAAGACUCCAAAAUACACACACACAUACAGGUAACUGCCAAAUUAAAGGAAACUGAGUAAAUGAGGGAUACAAAUGCACCCACGGACGUUAGUUUCUUCUCCGCAAUGAGUCUGGAUAUGAGUACCUUCCCUACCCUUCUCCAAAUGCGAACACAUUCAGGGCCGUCUCAUUGGUCCAGAAACCGAUGAGUUGGGCCAGAGCCAGAACACACGUGUGUAAAGUGGCGGUUUGAAAAUGUAAUUGACUUUCAUACUCUGAUUGGUUAGAGACGAUCCAAUCGCUGAUUCCUUUGUUUUGUACAAUACCCCUUGUCACCACAAAUUACUUUAAUGAUGUCAGUCUGACUGUAAUAUGUAGCGAACGACAGAGCAGCAGAAUAAUUUAGUGUGAGUCAUCAGGCUAGGAUACAAAGUAUAUUAAAAGCAGGUGCUUCCACACAGGUGUGGUUCCUGAGCUAAUCAAGCAAUUAACAUCCCGU